AUGUACUCAAUUAGAGAUACCAAGCUCAAUGACACCUCUGAUGGGGGAACUGACAGAGAAAUAGAUUCACUCAGGCGGGAAUUAAUUACUUUACGCAACAAUGAGGAACAAUUACUGAAUGACCUCCACGUCGCUCAAGAGGCUAAUCUUCGCUCGAUGAAAGCUACUUCGUGGAUUCCAAAAGAAGAUGGAGAGAUUCGUAAUGAGUUCUCUAGACUCGAAGAAAGACUAAGGGCAUGGGUGAGAAAAUAUGUAGUCCAAGAUAUCAGCCGUCUGAGGCCCCUUGCGGACUUCGAGAAGAGUGCAAUAAAUGAUCAUCUCAAAGGCAGCAUUGCUUGA